AUAUUAUUGGGAUGAAUUGGAUCACUUGCAGCAACCAUACUCCUACAUUAACAUCUCCCAGAUUCUUUUUCCGGCUCUUGAAAAAGUCAUCUCUAACACCCCUCAAUUAUGCAUAUCAAUUAAAGAUGCAAAGACGCCAAAUCCACAAUUUGUCCUUUUACCAGAAAUAGAUUUUUCAAGUGUCAUUAAAUUUGUUACAAUAAAUUCUGAUAAAGAGUUUAUUAAUAUAUCUGAAAAAGAACUUUGUACUGAAUUCGAUUUAGAUGAUGAAACAAAACCUUUUUGGCGUAUUGUUGUCGGAACCAACGAUUCCACUGCAUUUGAAAGUUCUGAAAUGAAACCAAAUUUCAAUUUAUGUAUAAUGUUUACAUGCAAUCAUGUUAUUGGCGAUGGAUUAAGUGCAAUGGCAUUUCAAGCUACCCUAAUGGAAGCAAUUGACGAAGUUUUCUUACAGAGAGAGACAUGCGGAGGCUCUAUCUCAAAAUCAAAGUUCCUUAUUGAUCAAUCAACUAUUAUUGCGAAUCCAUUAAGUUUUAAAAGUUAUGAAAGUAUUUAUCAACCUGAAAAUAAUCCUGUAAAAAUUGCAUCUCCUGUCAUAACUGGAUCUGCAGCAUCAAAUUUUUGGAUGGGUGACGUACGUCCAUGUGAUCUCCCUCAAGAUAUUACUAAAGUUCAUUACUUAUCUUUAACUGAGGAUGAAUUCACACCUAUACUUGCAUUAGCAAAAAUUCACAAGACUACCAUUUUCGCCGUUUUAAAUAUGUUGGCAUUUUUUUCUAUUCGUGAAGUUGUUGGCCAUGCACUUGACUCUCAAAUUUUAAAAGUUCGUGUACCAUUUUCAUUAAGAAGAAGCGUAACACCACAAGUCUCAUUGAAAGAAUUUGGAAAUUUUGUUACUGUGAUGUUAUAUGAUUUUGAUAUGGUUAAAAUUUCUUCUAUUCAAUUAUCUGAUAAUGAUUUCAAAGAAAAAUUUUGGGAUUUAUGUCAAGGUUAUACAUUAGCUAUCCGUUCUGAACCUUCAACUUUCUUUGAACGUCCAAUUUUACCAGCUAAACCUGUUCAAAAUAAUGAAAAUCAUGAUAAAAAUAAUGCUAAUAAAAAAGAUGUAAACGAGAAUGAUGUAGAUGAAAAUGGUGUAAAGGAGAAUGGCGUAGAUGAAAAUGGUGUAAAGGAGAAUGGUGUAGAUGAAAAUUGUGUAAAUAAAAAUGGUGUAAACGAAAAUGGUAUAGAAAAAAAUGGUAUAAACGAAAAUGGUAUAGAAAAAAAAGAUAACAAUGGCGUGAAUGAAAAUGGUAUGAACGAGAACGGCGUAGAUAAAAAUGGUGCAAACAAAAAUGGUGUGAACGAGAACAGUAUAGAUGAGAAUAACGUAGAUAAAAAUGAUGUAACUGAAAACAUUACAGACAAAAAUGGUGCAGAUGAAAAUGGAGUAGAUAAAAAUGAUAAAAAUGUGGAAAAUCAAAACAAGACAAAUGAAAAUGUUACAAAACAAGCAUCUACUCCUCCAUUACCUGAUAAAAGAGUUAGCUCAUUAAAUAUGUCUAAUUUAGGAAGAUUCCCCGUAAACUCGUCCAAUAGAAAACGAUCAGAUUUAAAAGUUGUCAGUUUAAAUUAUUCUGGUUCGGCACCUAGAUUCGAUGCUGUAUUCAGAAUAAAUUCUAUUUCUUAUGAUAAUGUAUUACAUAUUUGCAUUUUACAUCAAGAUGGUUCUAUCCAUGAUGAACAAAUGGAUAAAUUUAUUA